AUGGCCAAAACUUCCAGCCCUCUUAUUUUUCGUAGACAGGAUGGAUCAACGGAGAUUGAUCGAGUGCUUCCGCAGUCAAAGACUCAACAUUUUCAUGCAAAGCCGAAGGCGAUCGAACAGAUCGAUGUGGAAAAAUCAGAAACAUGGCUGGAGGAAGGUCAUACCUUGGAUUUGGAAUUUGUUCCAAGGAUUGCAGAAUUUCUCACUUUGCUCUCUAAGAAGGGAGACAGGAUACUGGCCAACAAGCACUCGAUAAAUGCAGAAACAGUUAUCCGAUCCAAUUUUCAUGCUCAGCGCAGGCCCAAAGUGUCGCUGAAAGAUUAUUGUGAUCGCAUAUGCAAAUACGGGGGUUGCAGCCCAGGAUGCUUGCUUCUCGGCUUGAUUUAUCUGGACCGAUUACUGGCGAAAUGGCCUGGCUACAUUGUUUCGGGAUGCAACGUUCACAGAUUGAUCCUUUCGGCAACACUGCUUGCGACAAAACAGUGGGACGAUACACAUUACAACAAUGCAUUUUGGGCCAAGGUCGGGGGGAUAUCUAUUGAGGAGUUGAAUUCGCUUGAGUAUCAAUUUGCUUCGAAGAUCAGGUGGAAUCUUCACGUUCAACCGGAUGAAAUGGAGUCAUACCGUCGAAUCCUUUCUUUCACUGCGAAUGACUGGUCAGAGAUGAAUCCGAUUGGCGCGAAGGGCAAAUUCGAAAGUUAUUCAAUGAGGCAGCUCCUCGACGCGCGAGGUGAGGUUGUCGCAAGAGGUUUGACGGCAGAAAAGAAAGCGUGUGAUCAAGAGCGAGCUCGGUUAGCUUCUCUCUUGCCAGCUCCAGUCGCCGCGUAAUGUUACUUUAUUCUUUGAUGUACAUUAUAUAUUGAUUGUAAGGGAUGUUGCCUUUCUCUCAUUUGAGCUAAUUUUCGAAACGACGUAGUUGUGUGGCGCAUGAGCAGAAACAACAAUGAGCAACAAAGCAGAUCGGUAAUGAAA